GUGCCACCGAGGCGCCACCAUGUCCCUGCCCUCGGUGUACGGGGACAAGCUGGCCGAGAAGCUGACGCUGCUCAACGAGCGGGGCCGGGGGGUCCUCGUGAGGGUCUACAACCUCAAAAAGACGUGCUCGGACCCCCGCACGCGGCCGCCCUUCCUCGGGGACAAGGCCAUGGAGGCCUCAGCCAAGUUCAUCCUGAAGAAAUUCCCGCACCUGGACGUGCGCAGCAGCACCCAGCACCUGGGCCCGGUGCACAGGGACAGAGGGGACAUCGUGCGGGUGCUGGCUCCGUUCUACCAAACCCUCCUGGACGUGCUGGAGUUCCGGGACCACGUGUACGAGCUGCUCAACACCAUCGACGCCAGCCAGUGCUUCUUCGACAUCCACAUCAACUACGACUUCACCAAGGGCUACCUGGACCUGGUUGUCACCUACGUGUCGCUGGUGCUGCUGCUGGCGCGCGCCGAGGAGCGGCGCCUGCUGCUGGGGCUCUACCAGUGCGCGCACGAGAUGAGCCACGGCGCCAGCGAGCCCGGCUUCCCCCGCCUGGCGCAGAUGGUGCUGGAGUACGAGCACCCCCUGAAGAAGCUGCCCGAGGAGUUCGGGCCCCACACCAAGAUGGCCUGUGAGUACCUGUCCCUGGAGGUGAUGGAGCGCUGGAUCAUCCUGGGGUUCCUGGUGUGCCCGGGGGUCCGUGCCUGGGGCCCGUGCCAGGAGCGUGGCGCCCCGCCUGCGGGUCCCCUCUUUGUCACCCUGGUGCGCGACGAGGCCGUCGCGGUGCACAAGGUCACCGAGGAGCUGCUGGGGGGGCUCAAGGGGUACGGGAAGCGCGUGGCCGAUGUCAAGGAGUGCCGGGAGCACGCGGUGGCGCACAGGUCGGGGGGCUGGGGGGCCCGGCGCCGGCCGCUGGCGCCGCUGCUCCUGCGCGGGGCGGGCAGCGAGCUGGCGGCGCUGCUGGAGGAUCAGCCCGGGCUGCUGGGACCCAAGGCCCUGCUGGUGUUCGUGGCGCUGUCGCUGUGUCGCGACGAGGUGAGCUGGCUGUCGCGACAUGCCGAGCACGUGACCAAGAGCAAGAACCCCGAGGACUUCAGCGACAGCCGCAUCGCGGAGCUGCUGUUCCUGCUGGAGCAGCUGCGGGCUCUGGUGCGGCGGCACCUGCGGCUCCUGCGCCGCUACCACCGGCAGUACCUGGCCCGCUUCGACGCCCUCGUGCUCAGCGACGUCAUCCAGAACCUCUCGGUGUGUCCCGAGGAGGAGUCCGUGAUCCUCUCGUCCUUCGUCAGCUCCCUCUCGGCUCUCGCGGCCAAGGAAGUCGAUGACCAGGAGCAGUUUGACUUCACCGCGCUGCGCCUGGACUGGUUCCGGCUCCAGGCCUACACCAGUGUGGCCAAGGCCGCGCUGCCGCUGAGCUCCAACGGGGACGUUGGCCGUGCCAUGAGCCUGGUGGUGUUCCACACGCGCCUGCUGGACCGGCCCGAGGAGCUGCUGGACGAGACCUCCGACCUGUCCCACCUCUGUUUCUACCCCCGUCCCCUGGAGCGGAUGUUCGCGCUGACGCUGGACGAGCCGUCCAUGCUGCGUUUCGCCAUCGCCUUCCCCCUGCUCUGCGCCCACUUCUCGCGCUGCCAGCACCCCAUGUGCCCCGAGGAGUACCCCCAGCUGGAGGCGGCGGCGCUGGGGCUGUGCCACAAGUUCCUGGAGGAGCUGGCGCGGGUGGGAAGCGGUUGCGUCCUGGACGCCUGCGCCGAGCAGCACAACCUGAGCCAGCAGCUCCUGCCCAAGCACUGUGCAGCCACCAUCAGCAGAGCCCGCGUCAAGAAAACCCCGAAGCAGCCGCCCCGCAAGGGGGACCCCCAAAGGGACAAACCGGGGACAGAGAGCCAGCGGCGGGACCGGACCCUGACCACCAACAUGGACAAGCUGCACCUGACCCUGGCCGAGCUGUCCCUGAGCCUCAACCACGUCCCCAACUUCACCGUCUUCGGUCACACGGUGACACCGGCCGAGUACCUGAGCAGCCACCUGGAGACGCGUCUGACCAAGGCCAUCGUGGCCAUGGCCGGGUACAGCCAGGCCUCGCAGGAGGUGGCGCGGCCCUCGGAGGUGCUGGCGGGGCUGGUGGCCUACAUGGGGCUGGUGCAGCGCCUGGGACACCUGGUGGCCCUGGACACGGCGCGGCUGCUGCGGGCGGUGCUGCUGCAGCAGAGCCACCCCCGCGACGGCAGCGGGCAGCCCACGCUGACCGCCAUCUACACCGACUGGUACCUGGAGGCGCUGCUGCGCCAGGCCAGCACCGGGGCUGUGCUGCUGUCCCCGGCCCUCCAGGCCUUCACCACGGUGCCCCGGGAGGAGCAGCCCCCGUUCAGCGCCGCCGAGUUCUCCGACGUCUCAGAGAUGAGGGCGCUGGCCGAGCUCAUCGGGCCCUAUGGGAUGAGGUUCCUGAGCGAGAACCUGAUGUGGCACGUGGGGUCCCAGGUGACAGAGCUGAAGAAGCUGGUGGUGGAGAACAUGGACACGCUGGUGCAGCUGCGCUGCUGCAGGGCCGAGCAGAGGCCGGCGCUGCUGCCCCGCCUGAGCUCGGCCGAGAACGUCCUGAAGCGCAUGACCAUCAUCGGGGAGAUCCUGAACUUCCGCGCCAUGGCCCAGCAGGGCCUGCGGGAGGUGUUCUCCCAGCACUGCCCCUUCCUGAUGGGCCCCAUCGAGUGCCUGGCGGACGUGGUGACCCCCGACACCGACAUCCAGGUCACCCUGAGCAUCUUCGAGCUGGCCUCGGCCGCGGGGGUCCCGUGCGAGGUGGACCCGGCGCUGGUGGCGGCCCUGGCCGGGCACAGGACAGAGGGCUCGUCCCCCGAGGAGGAUUACAAGGUGUCCUGCCUGCUCCUGGUGUUCGUGGCCGUGUCCCUGCCCCUGCUGGCCGCUGACCCCGCGUCCCUCUACAACCCCGAGCUGGACGGCCACAACAACAACGUGCACUGCCUGGCCAAGGCCAUCGUGCAGCUCUCGGCCGCGCUCUUCACCGUGCACAGCAAGAACAUCGAGACGCACCUCAAGGAGUUCCUGCUGCUGGCCUCCAGCAGCCUCCUGCAGCUGGCCCAGGAGCCGGACAAGGCGCGGCUGCGGAACCAGGACUCGAUCGUGCUGCUGCUGCACCUGAUCGUGGCCGAAUCGUCCUUCCUGACGCUGGACAUGCUGGAGAGCUGCUUCCCCUACGUGCUGCUGCGCAACGCCUUCCGCCAGGUGUGCCGGGAGCCGCCCGGCCGGGCCCCCCCGCACUGACCGCGAC